AUGUCGACAAAAAUGCGUCGAUAUGAUUUUAUAAAAGUGCUUGGCGAAGGACAGUAUGCUGUUGUCUAUAAAGCAAAAGAUACAAGAACAAAUGAUGACGUUGCAGUAAAAAAGAUUAAAAUUGGUAGUAGACAAGAAGCAUCUGAUGGAAUCAAUUUAACAGCUUUACGAGAAAUUAAAUUUCUUCAAGAAGUUAAACAUCCAAAUGUUAUUGAAUUGCUUGACUCAUUCGGGGAAUAUGGUUCAAAUAGUCCAAGUAUUUGUUUAGUAUUUGAAUUUAUGAGUACAGAUCUUGAAAACAUUAUUAACAACAGAAGUAUUUUAUUAACAACAACACAUACUAAAUCAUAUAUGAUCAUGUUAUUACUUGGUCUUGAAUAUCUUCAUAAUAAUUGGAUACUACAUCGGGAUUUGAAACCUAACAAUUUACUAAUUGAUAAACAUGGCGUUUUAAAAAUAGCUGAUUUUGGUUUAGCUAAAUUCUUUGGUUCACCAUCAAGAUUAAUGUCUCAUGAAGUUGUUACUAGAUGGUAUCGAUCACCUGAAUUACUUUUUGGCGCAAAAAAAUAUGGCACUGCUGUAGAUAUGUGGGCAGCUGGUUUAAUUAUGGCCGAAUUACUUCUUCGAACGCCAUUAUUACCUGGUGAAUCGGAUCUUGGUCAAUUAUUGAAAAUAUUUGAAGUAUUUGGAACACCGACAGAUAGUAAUUGGCCAGAUGUGAGAGCAUUCUCAAACUAUAUCGAAUACAAAUCAAUAGAGCCUAAACCACUGCGAACAAUAUUUACAACUUCAAAGCCAGAUGAACUCGAUGUGUUAGACCGGAUUAUGCAACUUGAUCCAAAACGACGACCAAAUGCAAGCGAUACUCUUCAAAUGGAAUAUUUUAGUAAUCCGCCAGCACCAUGUCCAAGUGAACGGUUACCUAAACCACAAGGAAUUAUUCAACAAAGUGAUCCUCUCAAACGUAAAUUAGGCAAUGAAGAUAAAGUUACUUUAAAAAAAGAACGGCCAUAG